AUGGAGGAAUCUGACUAUCUUAUUAGAAAUGUAUAUGAUCAAUGUGCUGGCCAAAGGCUUGUAAAUGUAAGAAGUGUUGCGAGACACUUUUGUGGAAAUGUAAUGAGGAAAAUAUUGUUCAACAAGAGGUUUUUGGGAAAUGGAAAUGAAGAAGAGCAAGUGAAUGCAUGUUUUACGGUUCUUGAUCAUAUAUUUGGGUUUUCAGUCUCUGAUUACUUGCCAUCAUGGAUAAGUAAAUUGGAUUUAGAUGGCCAUGAAAAGAUAUUAAGAGAAGCAUUGAGGAACCCUCUAUUGACUGUUGAAGAGAUCAAAGCAGAAGUUAUUGAGGUAAUGCUAGCAGUAGUGGAUAAUCCAUCAAAUGCAGUUGAGUGGGCACUAGCGGAAAUGCUGAAUCAACCAAAAACUCUUGAAAAGGCUAAACAAGAACUCGACACCAUUGUUGGAAGGGGCAAAUUGGUCCAAGAAUCUCAUUUCCCAAAGUUGAACUAUGUCAAGGCAUGUCUAAAGGAGGCAUUUCGGCUCCAUCCAGUUGCACUCUUCAAUAUUCCUCAUGUCGCUAUUUCAGACACUAUUGUUGACAACUACUUUAUACCUAAAGGUAGUCAUGUGUUAAUAAGUUGUUUAAGCCUUGGUCGAAAUCCUAGAAUUUGGCCCGAAGAUCCUCUUAUGUUUAAACCCGAACGACACCUCAUUCUCAAGGACAAUACCUACGAUGAAGUGAUUUUUCAAGAUCCAACUUUAAGAAUGUUCGCGUUUAGUGCAGGAAGAAGAGGAUGCCCAGGAGUUUUACUAGAUUUUGAUAUCACAACCAUGAUGUUUGCUAGGUUGCUUCAAGGAUUCAAUUGGAGUUUGCCGCCCAAUCAUGUGCAACGAAUUGACCCGAUUGAGUCCCCCAAUAAUAUGUAUAUUGCUCAACCUCUUACUUUGACUCCGUUGAACCAAGAUUGGAUCAAAAUAUGUACCCAUUGGUAUGAGGUGUUGUUUUAAACCAGUCGAGUUUUAUCCAAAUAAGUUGGUCAAGAAUAAAAAUUAUGUAAUGAUGUUAUACUUUCUACUACCUAUUGAUUUUCCAAUUAUAUAUUCGGAUUUUGAUUAAUUACGGAUAAUGUUUUCUAGACAGAGUCUUGGUCAUUGUUUAGUUUUCCGGAACAAUUAACUUGACAUGUGUAUUCGCGUAUCUCAAACUGGAUGAACCGCUCCAAUUCAAUUCAAGGACAAAU